AUGGAGGACGGAGGUUUAUGGACUGCCUGUAAAGAAUCUAGGGAGCGUAUGGAGCGUCGCUUCAACGCUGAAUAUUGGUCUCAACUUCGAAGAACUCACGGUCAAAAGCAUGGCAGUAAGUGGGGUCGUUGCGUCGAUUGGAAAGCUGAGGAUCCGGAGCACCAGGUAAUAGGAUAUUUCGAACGCGGCAACAGUGUUCAGUACUUUAACAUCCGUCCCCAUCAAGAUCUAAUACUCCUCCAACCGCGUACCAUAUUACCGGACAUACCCGUCUCGUUCAGGUUUGACUGCAACUCAAUCGCUUUCUUUUCCAAUUUUUGGGGUAUUGGAGGGGCGAGCCAUCUUGCGAUCGAAUUGGACCGCCCGUUCAAUUCAGCAGAUUGGCACGACGUCGCACAGCUCGCAAGCGAGAUGGAAUAUAUGCUUCUCUACCUGUGGGUCAUCGAUUAUAAGCUCGAAGUUCCAAAUUGCGUUCUAGCCGACAUUGACAAGCCAGAGUCGCGCAACGUAUUCCAUGCUAGCGAUCGGGUGUUCGUGGAAGUCACCGAGUGUGACUAUUAUGAGGAAGAUAAAAGUCUCCCUGACGCUUUCGAUUUUGUUGAUUCUGUAGACCACAUUGCCAGGAGCAUGGCCCUCGGACCGUAUCCCGACGAGUCGCCUAUGGAAUUUUAUAGUGCUCCUAAUUUUGGUGUCUUGGCUUGUCUGCGCAAAGAUUAG